AUGGCUCUCGAUUCCAUUUUGCAAGAGAUCUGGGCUCUCUACGCCAUUUCGAUGUUCAUCCUCUUCACUCGUUAUGCAGUCCGUCUACGAACUGUCGGAUUAAGAGGUCUUUACUGGGACGACUUGUUCUGUUUCUUUGUCAUGAUCUUCAACACAAUCGAUGCUGUCACCGUACAUAUCGUCCACCACACUGGUGAGAGCUCAGUGGUCACCGAGGAAUGGCUUCGAACUGCCACUCAAGCGGACAUUGAUCGCAUAACCUAUGGAUCCAAGCUGGAGUACACAGCCUGGUGCAGUUACCCAGCUCUCAUCUGGUCCAUGAAAUUCACUAUGCUGUUUUUCUACAAGCGUUUGACGCUGGGCUCUUUCCACAACAAGAUGAUCAAGUACCUCUUCUGGUUCACUGGUAUCAGCUACGUUGUUGUCUGGUUUGUACUCAUCUUUGGUUGUUUCCCCACUCAGAAGAACUGGCAGGUGACACCCGUGCCUCCAUGGAAGUGUUCUUUCAGACCACAAAACUUCCUCGCUGUCGCCAUUCCCAACAUCUUGACCGACGCGGCCAUUCUUAUGGUUCCGAUCCCAAUGCUCUGGCAAUUGAAGAUGCCUCUUAAGAAGAAGAUCGUCAUUGCAAUUGUCCUUUCGUCAGGAUUGUUCGUCAUCGCUGCUGCUAUUAUUCGUGUUGUAUUGUCGCUUGAUGCAGCACCAUCUGCCGCCAACAUCAACGGAUGGGGUGUUCGCGAAACUUUCAUCGGUAUCUUCACUAUCAACGUACCCAUCCUUCGUCCUCUCUUCGGCAAAGCAUUCUGGCUCCCAGGCCCAUACGAUCCCAACGCUACUGGAAGAGGCUCGGGAUAUGGUAGAUCUGGCCACAACCUACAUUCAGCCCACAACAGGUCAUACAAGGGCACAAAGCUUCCUAGUGAAGUCGACAAAUCAGGUACUAUCAAUGAGUACGAACUCGAGGACAGAACCCCAACCUCGGACGACUUCGACAUUGAGAGCAACGCCUCGACAGAAAAGAUGGUCUACACAAGAAGCAACCGUAGCCAGGCCCACCCUUAUGAUGUCGAUGAUGGCGUCCGCGUGGAGACCUCAUACGCUAUUCGCACGACUCGUCGCGAUGAGGAAACAGGAUCGAUCGCGCACGGCACUUGGAACAGCAUCGGCGUUCCGAAAUGA